AUGGCUGACGUGUGUGCUGCGUUGAGGACCAAGAAUAAUCCGACUGGCUGCGCUGAAGAAUUCCAUCGAGAGAGAGGUCAGUGCGUCAUGUUAAAAAUGAAUAUCACUGGUAGUUCCCGUCGGCUAACUGCACGCGCUCUGCCAGAUAUGGUGCACGACGAGUACAUCGGACAGAGGACUCACCAGCAAGGCACUUUAUCCUGCUACCCUAGACGGCUACACAGGCUGGAGAAUAGACCCACCUAAUAUGACAAGCUCCUCAAACGAACGUCUCGCUAGCCGAGAAGAGUCCUUC